CAUAACAACAAAACAAUCCAUUUGAGCUACAGUCGUCAUAUCUAACACGGCAGUCAAAGGCGCUAUCUAAUUGGUUAUCUUUUGCAGCAUUAAUUAUUUGUUGACUUGCAAUCAAUAUCAAUUCCGUGAAACAAUGGCCACUGAAACAGAGAAUUUAGAUAAAUGUUUCCAAGUAGUGUCUGAUAUUGUGCAAAAAGCCGGCGAUUUGAUCGCCAGUCGCUUUUGGAAGAGUAAAAAUGUGAAACAAAAGUUGAGCGAUAUUGACUUUGUCACCGAAACCGAUCAAGAGGUUGAAAAAUUGUUGAUUGAUACACUGACUGCCGAAUUUCCACAUCAUCGUUUCAUCGGUGAAGAAGCAACAAGUGAAGGUGCUAAAUGUGAAUUGACCGAUAGUCCAACGUGGAUUAUAGACCCAGUUGAUGGAACACUGAAUUUUGUUCAUAGUUUUCCGCAUUCGUGCAUAUCGAUUGCUUUAUUGGUCAACAAACAAGCUGAAAUCGCAAUCAUUUUCAAUCCAGUUCUCAAGCAAUUAUUCACCGCCCGACGGGGAAAAGGCGCAUUUUACAAUGGUGACCCUAUUCAUGUAUCCGAUAAAAAGGAUUUAUCACAAGCAUUGGUGAUGGCUGAAUUCGGAACCAGUCGUGAUGACAAGAAAUUGGACAUCACGCUUGAUAAUUUCCGGAAAAUUACACAAGCAUGUCAUGGAACCCGAUCAUUGGGAUCGGCAGCUCUGAAUAUGGCUCAUGUCGCACUCGGUGGUGCUGAUGUUAAUUUCGAGUUUGGCAUUCAUGCGUGGGACGUAGCAGCAGGAGAUCUAAUCGUCCGUGAAGCAGGUGGUGUGGUAUUGGAUCCUUCUUUGGGACCAUUGGAUUUAAUGUCAAGACGUGUUCUAUGCGCCAGUUCACUUGAACUCGCAAUUGAGUUCAGUAAAUUGAUCACACAGUACUAUCCAGAACCGAGAGACUAAGCCUCUUCAAUUAUAUGUAUUCCUACUGGGGUUAAUUGACUUUAAUAAAAUGUUGGUGAAAUGUUAGCGGAUAAUAUCCAUUCAUCAAUUAUUGUACCACAAAGUUCAGACAAUUAUUUUGUAUAAAUAUUAAUAUUCAAAUGUAUGUAUUCUAUAUAAACAUAUAAACGUUGAAAUAAAUGGUUCCAAUGGUUAAAAUU